GAACCACUGCCGAAUCGAUACCAUCAAUCACAACACCGCACUAGUCACCGGUACGUACCGUAGUGAACACAAUACAAGCAUUGACAGCGUGCGACAAGCCAAAGCAUGCGGUACCUUUCGUCCCGAGUCUUGUUCUAUUGGAUCUCCUCUCUGGCCUUUGAAAAAAAAUCCGCCGCCUUCGUCAGCCCACUCUUUUUCCGACGGGCCGCCAUUCAACGAGCAGCAACUGCAGCGACAACCUCGGGAACCAGAAGCAGCAUGGUGGCUGCCACGUCCGCAAGCGCAAGCUCUAGCGCAUUCUCUUCCAGCCGGAGCAUUCCAAAGGAGGAAACCAGGAUCCUGGACCUCCUGCAGGGCCAGCCCGCCGCCGAUGGCCGCGGCGUGAAAAUCGCCGUCCUCGACACCGGGUGUGACCUGGCGGCCGCAGGGCUCCAGGAAACCAGCACGGGUCUUCCCAAGUACCUCGACUUUUUGGACUGCACCGGGGACGGAGACAUCGACACCACGGCCACGGCGACAAUCCCGGAGGUUUCCAACGACGAUGCCGACGGGCCGAUCGUGAUCAAGGGGAAAUCGGGCCGCGACCUCACGCUCGGGGCCUGGGCACCUCCCGCGGGAUGCACCGUCCGGUUGGGGAGCAUCCGCCUCUACGACGUGAUUCCCAGGUCGGUCAAGAGGCGAUUGGUGAGGGAACGCAAGGAGGCCUUUGUGGACGAGCACCGCCGAUUGAUUGCGCAGACCCAGCAGACCCUGGACGAUCUGCAAUCGAAGAUCAGUGGCUUCACGGCCGGCAAUGGCGACGACGACGACGCAAAGGAAAAGAAAGCCGACGAGAAAAAACAGCUCAUUCGCCAGCGCAAGGACGCCGAGACGCUGCUCGGGCAGUACCAGGCCAUGAUGGAAUCCUACGACGAUGCCGGACCCUACAUGGACGUCGUCUUGUUUCGGGACGAGAGCGACGGUGACGAAUACAAGGCCGUGAUCGAUCUCAAGGCCGAUGGGAACCUCACCGAGUCCGUUCCCUUUUCGGCCUUUGCCAAGCACCGGCAGAUGGGCGAGUUUGGCUUUGGGUCCUCCGUGACCUUUUGCAUCCAGAUCUACGACGGGGGGAACACCCUCUCCAUCGUCACCGACGCGGGCUCUCACGGAACCCACGUAGCCGGGAUUGCCGCCGCCAACUUUGGUGAGGAAGACAUCAAGAACGGGGUCGCUCCCGGGGCGCAGGUCCUGGCCUGCAAGAUCGGAGACGGCCGCCUGGGAUCGGCAGAAACCGGAACAGGCCUGAUCCGGGCACUGAUUGCCGCCAAGAAAUACGGCUGCGACCUCGUCAACCUCUCCUACGGGGAACCUUCCUGGCAGCCCGAUUCGGGACGCGUCUCGGAGGUCUUUGCGGACGCGACCAAGAAGUGGGGGAUCACCGUCUUUACGUCCGCCGGAAACGACGGGCCCGCCCUCUCCUCCCUGGGAUCGCCUGGUGCGCUGAGUUCCUGCAUCACCGUCGGGGCCUACGUCUCGUCCGAUAUGAUGGUCGAUCAGUACUCGACGCUUCCUGACGGAGACGAAGGUUUGAGGGACGCCUCGUACUAUUUUUCGUCGAGAGGGCCCACCCCAGACGGCCUCCUGCCCGACAUUUGCGCCCCCGGGGGUGCCAUCUCGCCCAUUCCCCGCCACGCGCUUCAGGGGAAGGCGCAGUACCACGGAACCAGCAUGUCGUCUCCGAAUGCCUGCGGGGUUGCGGCCUGCGUGCUCAGCGCGGUGAAGCAGCGGCUCGGGAUCGACCGCGUGUCUCCCCCGGCACUUCGGAAGGGACUCUCCAAUACGGCCGUCCCGGUCGACGUGGCCGAUCCCUUCGCACAGGGGUACGGUCUCGUUUCGGCGACGACGGCCGUCGAUUACAUACUUGAGAACCGGGGAAAACUCGCGCAGGACCUAACCCUAGACGUCUCCGUGCCGGAACGAAACAACGCCAGGGGAUUGUACAUUCGCGACGCCCUCGAGCUGGAGGGUCCCAUGACCUUCGGCGUCAAGGUCAUGCCCGAUUUUCAGCAUGCGUCGACCCGAACCCCCGACGAGAUGGACGAGGUCCUUUCCAUGGAGCUGGACUUGAACCUCGUUCCAAGUGCCUCCUGGGUCAAGUGUCCCGAGCGAAUGACGCUGAUGUCGGCGAUCGAACGCAACGGCCAGCAGUUCUCGAUACGGUUAGCGGUCGAGGAUUUGCCAGCUGGUGUCCACUAUGCCACGGUAGAUGGAAUCGACUCGAACGACGAGGCGCGCGGAUCCCUAUUUCGGCUCCCGGUGACAGUCGUCAAGCCCCACUCGGCCAUUGUUGACGCCACCAACCCGUCUGCUAGCCUCAACGAGCACGAGACCAUCACACUCGGGGACAACGGAAUCGACUAUUCCAUGUCGUACAAGCUCGAGGCCGGCGCUCCAAACCGUCGGUUCCUCGAGGUACCUUCCAUUGCCGAAUGGGCGACGAUCAAGAUUAAGAGCACCGAUCCGAAUCCUUCCCCCACGUCGCCUGGUAGAGUAUUGAUUCACGCCGUCCCAUUUGUGCGCGGUGACAUUCCUAACACCGAGAUUCAGCUGAAGAAACUCAUCCAGAUAACCGAGGGUUACGAAAAGGAGUUCAGCAUGAAGGUCAAGGGUGGAUCCACGCUAGAGAUCUGCCUGCAGCUUCUUUGGUUGGCAAAUGCUGCCUCUAGUUCGGUUGUUGUUGAUGUUGAGUUCCACUCCUUUUCCACACAGGCGCCGACCCUAGUGGCCUCGCAGCCUCUGGUCAUCUCGGCUGGUCGCGAGUUUGCUCGCUUUGGUGCAGCAGCAAACUUGCGCUCGGAAAAGUUGAACCCUUCUGCAAGCCUGGACAAAGUCCAUCGAACCAUCCGGCCCUCCACCUACAAUAUCGUUAGCGGUUCGACGGACAGGGAUAUUAUGCCUCCGAGCGAUGCCGAGCUCAGGGCGAACCCCGAACUGACGGCGUCAGACGGAACCGAGAUUUUCAACAUGUUCCUAAAGUACGACUUCGAAAUUGAUUCCGACAAGGCCAUCAAGGUCACUCCCGUCGCCUCGUCGUUAUUCAACCAGCUCUACGAUUCUCCUCUGGACUCGCAGAUAUGGGAACUGAGGGAUAGUAACUCUCAGCUUCUAGAAUGCGGCAGUUCCAUGCAUCAUUCGAAUGCGGUUUCUCUCGAAAAGGGCAAGUACACACUCAGCUUCCACACCCGCCAUCCCAGUCGAAAGGUUCUAGAACAAAUGAAGGAUCUCCCCUUCCAGUUGAUCAUGUCGACAGAUGCGUUGGAUUGUAAGAUUUACUCAGAGUUGGACAAGGCCUCGACUCCCGCAGUCACCAGUGAUGGACGAAGCGAAGUUGGACUGCAGGUUCUUCGAAAGGGAUCAUUCAAAGAUUUGUAUGUCUCGCGCCCAACAGGUGACCUUCCAUCUUGGGUGAAACCCGGUGAUGUCAUGUCGGGAAAGGUUUCGUUGGACAAGGGACGCGGUGCUACUACUUCGAUGACACUGUCAUACCAAGUCCCACCGAAGUCCAAGGUCAAGAAGCUCAACGACAACAAGCUUCCCGAGGACAAGGAGGACGAAAAAACACUCGACGAGAUUGUGUUCGACAGCAAGGUAUCGUACCUAUCCAAAAACCGAAAGGAUGCAGCAGCUUACAAAGAGCUCUCUGACGCUCUGUUGCAAGAAAAUUCAACUAGCAUUCCCCUAUUGACUGAGUUACUGUCUUUUGCGAAGGAGACAAAACUCGACGGUGAGGAUUCUAAAGAAGCUGCAAGAGUUAGCGAGAUCCAAAAAGUUCGAGAUCUUCUUUCUGUUUCGAACGGUGGGCCGAUCGAUGAGGCUGCAUUGGCCCAAUAUUUCGGCGUGGCCCUCCCAACCGAGGAAGAUCUUCAGGACGACAAAGAGGCUUCGAAGUUGAAAAAGAAAAUGCAAGAGCAAAAGAAACUUCUCCAGGCAACUCUUCUGGCAUUGUCGGAUGCUUCUGCAUCUCUUGCAAUUUCUGAUACCUCGCAAUCGGAUCUCUUCGACUCGUCUGUGAAAGAAUUGAAGAAGUGGCCUUCUUUUUCGGAUGCAAAGGACAAACAUACGUACGCGAUGACGAUUUCGCGCCAUUUACGACUGUGCAAGGGUGAAAAGGGAAGCGCAAUAAAGACAUUGAUGGAUGCUCGCAAAGACGCCACUCCCGAAAACUACAAAGAACUCACCGAAGAGUUGCUUGGCAUCUACGACUCUCUGGAAGGGACGGAACACGUUAUUGAAGAUACGAAGAAUACGCUGUACAAGAGAUUCCCUCCAAAAUAAAUGCCAUUGAAUGCAUAGGACAUACUAGAAGAAUC